AUGGACGACGAUACGACACCGGAGACGCGGCACGUACCGCACGAGGUCGUGUGGCAGAUCCUGCUUUUUCUCCCCGUCAAGUCGCUCAUCCGCUUCACCUGCGUCUGCAAGACCUGGCGCAGCACCAUCACCGGCGACGAGUCCUUCCAGCGCAGCCAUCACCGCCUCCAACAGCCGUGCGUGCUCAUCGCGCCGCUGAUCAAAACCAGCGAUGGCGGCGACGGGCGCCGUUCUUCUAUCACCAACCUAAAGGUCACCAUCCCCGGCCUGUACCAGUGGGAGAGGAAGAGCCAUGGCGCCGCCACCCUCGUUCAGGCCACGGACUCCUUCCCCGCGGAGGAAGCGAGCCACAGGUCCGUGCACUGCGACGGUCUCGUGCUGAUGCCGAUGGGCCGCACGGUGAGGGUGCUCAACCCGGCCACACGCCGCGUUCUCACCCUGCCCCCCUGCGGGCUCCGCAACACCUUCGUGCCGAAUCGACCUUCCUGGCUCAUCCAAGGGCCGUUAGGCCUCGGCCACGACCCUCGCUCCAACACCUACAAGGUCGCCCGUUUCUUCUACCGCUACUGGGACGCGCCCAUGGAGAGCGGUCGUCACUACAGCUACGAGAUGGAGGUGUUCACCAUCGGGAGGGAUCAGCAUUGGCGUGAGACGGCUGCGCCACCGCCGUACCCUGUCAUCGCAGGUCAGACGACGACCUUCUUCAAAGGCUCCUUGCUUUGGACAAUAGACGAGUCGAUGCUUCAGAAGGAUGAUCCACAUGUCCGAGGUUUCCUCCGCUUCAACCUGGAGGACGAGUCUUUCAGUGUCACGCCAGCGCCUCCCGGGUGCCCCAAGCUCCGAGACAUGGCACGAAACUUAGCCGAGAUGGGCGGGGAACUGUACCUUGCUCAUGAAGGGCCCAGAGCCCCAGACACAGAUCAUCCUCAGGUCACCCGAUAUGGGUGUGUGGCGAUGUGGACGGCCCCGAUCCACCGCGAUGGGUUCAACGCAAUGCCAUCAGGGGGCCACACUAUAUUCAUAUGA